AUGGCUUCCAUCGAAUGUGGCGAGGACGCCGCAAAGCAUUUUGCCUUUGCUCCAGGAUACCGCAAUCUCAAUCACGGGUCAUACGGCACUUACCCCAUCGAGGUUCGCGACGUGCUGCGGGCCUACCAAGAAGAAGUCGAAGCUCGCCCAGAUGCCUUUGUUCGAUACAAGUAUCGCACCGGACUGCUGGACGAGUGUCGUGCCGCUAUUGCACACUACCUGGAAGUUCCAACAGACACGUGUGUCUUCACGCCAAACACAUCUACCGGUAUUGACACCAUCCUGCACAAUCUGGUUUACUCUGAAGGCGAUGUGGUGAUAUGCUUCAAUACGAUAUAUGUAUCGUAUGCAUACACUCUGGACUAUUUGUCGAAGACUACCCCAAUGAGAGUGGAAAGCAUCAAUUUCACGUAUCCAGUUUCGGACGACAUCCUCUGCCACUUGUUCGAGAAGACGAUUGUAUCCAUCAAGAACAAUGGUCAAACCCCCAAACUCGCCAUCUUCGAUACCAUCAGCUCGUUACCGGGAGUUCGGAUGCCAUUCCAAAGACUGGUGAAGAUCUGCCGAGAUCAUGGAGUUCUUUCCUUGCUGGAUGGUGCUCACGGAGUAGGUCAAAUCCAGCUUGACUUGACCAACGUGGACCCAGACUUCUUCCUCAGUAAUUGUCACAAGUGGCUAUACGUACCGCGAGGGUGUGCUGUCUUUUAUGUUCCGAAGCGUAAUCAGUCUCUGUCGAAAGUGACACUGCCGACUGGAUACCACUACGGCGAUGGCUUUGUUGCAAACUUUGCUUCUGUAGGAACACUGGACGACACCCCAUACCUUUGCGUUCCAGCAGCCAUAGCUUGGCGCAAACGGAUCACCUGGAAAGGGAAACAAGGCGAUGCAGCCAUCAUGGACUAUAUGGCAAAUCUGGCACACGAUGGAGGCUCCGCAGUAGCACGUAUCUUGGAGACGGAAGUUCUUGAAAACAAAGAAGGCACUCUCGGCAACACUGCCUGCACGAAUGUCCGACUUCCGUUAUCACUGGAUGACCUUGCUGAAAACGACAUGGCUACUGUUCAUAAGAUCGGUGACUGGAUUAUGCGUACCAUCAACCUUGAGCACGACAUCGCAUUGAACAUAUUCCCAUACGUUGGUGCCCUCUGGACCCGCCUCCAUGCCCAGAUAUACUUGACACUUGCAGACUUUGAAGCUGCUGGCAUGAUGUUGCAUGUUGUGUGUGAGAGAGCUCAGAAGGGAGAAUGGAAGACGGCAUCUGCCAGAGCGACAUACGACAAAAGCAACGGACACACUUGA